AUGUUCGGAUACGAGUGUCUGUACUCCAAAAGUCCCCGCUCCUUCCUCUUCUCCGUUAUCGCCAAUGUCGGCCCCCGCGGAGCCAGCCGCUCUCUGGCCGUGGCCUACCGGCAGGGCAACGAUAAGGACAUCUCAGUAUCAUCUUCGGAACGUGUUGAGAAAGUUGUGGCAGACAUCCUUGCGCUGAUCAAAAUAUUCUCAGAUCCCGCGAACCGCGCGCCACUUGAGGCGGAGAGGGCACUCGCGGAGGGCUGGUAUGGUCGGUCUCAGGGUGAAAACGAGGCUGAGAGUAAUGAGCGGCCUAGCAUUCCAGACAGGCCGCAGCCUCCUUUCGUUAUACCUGAUGGCUCCCAGGAGGAAGAGCAGUCGCAAAUACAGCCCGAGCUGCCAUGGCAUGAUGAUGGGCUCAGCGAGUUUCCCUUUACAACGACCUGCCUUUUGCUGGCAUUAUUGCGCAACGAUGGCGAUUCUAAUGCCACUAAUAGCAUCAGCACGCGCCCCGGCGACGUUCAGCUCCAGCCGUUAUCCACUUUGUUCCGUGCUGACUGCCUCGAGUAUGGCCUUGUCGUUCUCGACAUCUCCGACCUUGACAGCGGCGUCAAGUACGGCAUCGUUGGUUUCCCCGUGCGUUAUAUGGCCGAAGUCUCCUAUUGGUGUGAGACUGGUGGCUGGGAUCCAGUUGAAGACCCCCCGCCUGAGAAGGAGCCUGACACUGUACUUGCCAGCCCGCGGCCUCGAGUGCCGUUGGCUAUUUCUCCGUGGCUACGCAAGUACUUUUACCACAUGAACCUGGAAGAGGACCCCAGGUUCCUGAUACUGAAGAAUACGCCGAUUGUUCAUGCUGCAGCCUUAGACUACAUCUGGCCCCCGGAGCUUGAAAAUCAGCCUAGAGGCGAAGAUCAGGCUGCAGAAUCUUCGCCAGGUGUCAUCUCAAGCAUCUCAAAUUACUUUUGGCCUUCAAAGUCCACCACCAGCGCUAAAGAUGCAUCGACCACAACACCCUCGCGCUUGACUACGUCAAACGAGCCGCCGCGAAAUGCGCACAUGGACCGCGCCAUCGAUAAUCUGCUGAUUCUCACACAGGAUCCCGCCGAUCUUCACCUCGAUGAGGAGACAAUCGACAAAUUUCAAAAGCUUGCCGAGUUCCGCGAGCAGCUGCGGCGGCGGCUCGAAGAGGUGCCCCAUAGCCUGGGACCGUCCUCCGAGGCCUCGGGCCAUAUUCUGCGCGUUGCAUACGCCGGACAAACGCACCUCAACUGGGUUGCGUUUAGGAACCUCGCGCCCGCCGUGAUCGCUGCCGCGAUCGCAUCUGAAGAACUUCGAGGCGCGUCUGCGCUCAGUCUCUGCGUCGAUAAGUUCAAGGUGGAGGGGGACGAGGGAGACCUCAGUGAUCUAGUAGCGGCUCUGGCGCAGUCCAAGACCCUCAAACAGCUCUGUUUUUUCCAAGGACCGGACAGGCACAGCGAUGACGCCUCUGCUCGUUUUUUCACGCAGCUGCUGCUGCGGGGGACGUCAUCAGGAGGUUCAUCAGCAGACUUGGCGUGGCUCCGCGACAGAAUCAUCUAUCCGACUUGCGCCUUUUCGACAUCCUUGCGCAGCCGUAAAUUCACAUCGCCCUCGACUACUAUUUUCACUCACCCUUCCCCCGUUGCCCAAAUAUUUCCUGUGAUGCACAUGCUCACGUUUGUGGGUCAUCAGCGCGAAGAUGCCGCAGACGCAGACCACCAGAACAGUCACUAUUACGACAUGGGCAACACCCUUCUAGACCCCGAGCGCUUUGCCGUCCGAUUUCUAUCAUACCUCCGUUCCGUGAAUUCGGGUUCUGACAAGGCCAUCUUGCGAUUCGCAUGCGGGGAAGUCUCCUCGUCACUCACCACCACCAACGACGACAAGUCGUCGCCACCAUCUGUAUCACCAGGACGGUUCGCUGUGAGCCCCAUUCCCACUGAAUUCUUUGGCAGCCACCUCGCAGCAAGUGAUGAAUCAAGAGUCGGAGCCAGAGAUAUACACCCUGGCAGCUGGAUGCUCCUUCUGAAUCAACAAGGCAGCAUUUCGAGUGACGACGAUGAUAUCUUACUACAAUACUCAUUUGUCAGAACUCGUCCAACCUCUGCCGAGAUUGCACACGAGCAACAACAACAACAAAUACCCGUUUUUGACCCUAGUCUUGUCGAGGUAGUUGGCGGGCUAACAGAGUUGCUGCGCGAGAUGGUGCCAGAAAUAGACGUUUCGAAGUACGAGAAAAGUGUCGAGAGAGUAGAGGAGGACCUCCGCACGCAGCGGGCUUCCAUGAAACCGAGGAAAAGCCGUGUCCGUAUCGGCGUCAUGCAUGAGAGUGGUGCCCGUAAAUUGCUUACUCAGUUUCUGUGA